AUGCACUUGGUUUCCCCCCUCCUAACACUCUCACUCCUCUCAACAGCAACAGCAACAGCAUCACACCUGUGGGCAACGCACUACAAUGGAAACAUAUACGCACUCUCCUUCUCUGGCAGCGAGCUGCAGCUCACAGACACGCUCAAAACAUGCGGUGAUAUGCCAAGCUGGUUGACCUUUGACUCGCAGUCUCGGAUCCUGUACUGCUCUAACGAGAAUGGGACUGCUGAUCCAGACUCGAACGGGUCGUUGACUGCUUACCGGGCUGGUGGGCAGGGGACUUUACAUCAGGUUGCUGAGACUGCUACUGUUGGCGGUGGAGUUCAUAGUGUUAUCUUUGAGGGUGGGAAGGGAGAGAAGUUUCUUGCUAUUGCGCAUUAUGGAGGAUCGGCUUUAUCGACGUUUGAACUUCCUAUUCAAGACAAUGUGCAGGCUAAGCAAGCUUUUCAUUUCAAUAUGACUCAUGAAGGUGCUGUUGCUCAGCAGGACUCGCCUCAUCCGCAUGGGGUGUACCUUGACCCUACGGGCUCGUUCAUCGUCAGUCCUGAUCUUGGCGCUGACCUAUUGCGCGUGUAUGCGAUUGACCAAACGGGCCAGUUGGAAGAAUGUCCCGCUGUGAAUGUGACUUUUGGAAAUGGGCCGCGACAUGCUGUUUUUUGGACUGAUGGGACGAACGAGGACGAUACACGCACUGGGUUGCCAACACACGAACGACAGGUUGCGGCCGUGGGCAAGACGGUUUUGUACGUUGUCAACGAGAUCGGAGGUACGAUGGACUCCUUUGACGUGGCGUAUGCCCGGUCAGGUUGUCUCUCGUUCCAGAAGACGCAGACGCUUGUCCCGUAUCCGAACGACACCAUGCCGGAUGGUGCGACGCCUGCUGAAAUUAGGUUGCUCGGGGAUACGUUUCAUGUUUCCAUUCGUAGUGAUCAGGCCUUUGCGCCGAAUGACUCGAUAGUCACGCUUGAUCGGUCGCCAAGCAAUGGAGCCGUCACGUUGCGAGAUAUUACUCCUUCAUAUGGUAAGGUUCCGCGCACUGUUGCAAUCAAUAAGGCUGGAGACCUUGUGGCUAUCGGGAAUCAGGCGUCGUCGACUGUGGCUAUUGUUGAGCGAGACCGUGAGACUGGUGAGCUUGGUGACGAGAUUGCUGUGCUUAAGGUUGGGGAGACUGGGACCGUGGGCACAUCUGAAGGUUUGAGCAGCGUCGUGUGGGAUGAGUAA